AUGUCGUUUCCACCUCAACAAAAUAGGUUCCAAGGCCCUCAAAAGAGAUUUGACCCUUUGCCUACAUCCAGAAACGAGAUACUGAAAUAUCUGAUGAGCGAAUCAUUGGUGGAGAUCAAACCAAUGCCACCUCCUCUUCCCGGAAAGGCUUCGCCCAGAUUCAACGUUAAUGAAAGGUGCGAAUACCAUGCUAAUUCUCCCGGACACACAUUGGAAAAAUGCUGGGCUUUCAGACACAAGGUUCAGGAUUUGAUAGAGUCAGGGGCAAUUGCCUUUGAUAAACCUAAUGUGAAGACGAAUCCCAUGCCUCAUCAUGAUGGCACAGUCAAUGCAAUUGAGGUCGUUACUGAGCAAGAGUUAGUUCAACAAAGGAGCUCCCCCAUAGAUGCCCUUAAGAGGUAUCUACUCGCAAAGGGGUUCAUCCUAGAACACAACGAAGCUUUUAAGGACACUCUGCAGAGGCUCGCGGAUCAAGGACUGAUUCAGCUGAAGGAACAUCCUGAGGAGGAAUAUGUGGCUAUGCUAGAUAGGAACGAGCCGUUGAUAAUACCCAGUCAAGGGGCAAGGAAGCCAUUAAUUAUUCCCUGUUCUAAAGCACCACUGCUGAUACCCACACAAGGGCACACCAGGAUCAUCCCGAUCAGAGCUCCAUACCCAAUGGACAACAUGAAAGCAGUGCCUUGGGAGUACAAUUUUGGUGCCAAUACUGCCGUGUCAAGCAUUGUUGGGCCUGGGGGUAUGACUCGUAGCGGUCGCAUAUUCAAAAUUGCACAGCCUAAUGAGAACUUGACACAAGCCAGUGAUCAAGAUGUUACAAGGCCGACUGUAGAAGGCAUACCCAAGGAUAUGGGAGCCACUUAUAAGGAUGCUGAGGAAUUUUUGGCCCUAAUCAAAAAGAGUGAUUAUAGGGUGGUGGAUCAGUUACAACAGACACCGUCUAAAAUAUCACUCCUCUCACUAUUAGUACGCUCCGAGAAACAUCGAGACGCCUUGAUGAAGAUUCUAAAUGCCGCCCAUGUAACUAAAGACAUCACUGUAAACCAGUUCGAUGGGAUGGUGGCUAAUCUCACUGCUGGGGCAUGUCUAGGGUUCAGUGAUCAUGAGUUACCUCCACAAGGGAAGGAGCAUAACAAAGCCUUGCACAUCUCUAUACAAUGUGGGAAAGCUCAUCUAUCUAGGGUUCUGAUUGAUACAGGUUCGUCACUAAAUGUGAUGCCAAAAGCUACCCUCGAUAAAAUAGCUUUGGAAGGCCUAGUGUUUAGACCAAGCCGUCUGGUAGUUUAA